UCCGCGUUCCUCAUCCGCAGUGGAAAAUUGAUAGUCAUGUAUAAAAACUUCGAACUCUACCGGAAAGAUCAGAUUGGUUGAUUUCGCUCUUAUCAGUCGUUUUCUUCUUCCCGAACUCAGCCAGCCAUGGCUUCCGUAAAUAGUAUCGCAACCCAGAGAUUUCUUCCCAUCGCAACAUCUAUCAGAGAGUCGAGACCCAGAUGCAGUUUUUCUGUAAAGGGUCUUGCUGGUUCGUCUCUGCAAAGCUUCUCCAUAUGUCACAAAUCAGCGAAUCCUAGUUUCUUGAGAGGAAAGAGAAGGGUUCUUUUUGUUGGUUCGGCUGCGGAUGAUCUACAUGUAAUUCCAGUGCAGAGCAGUGAUUUGACGGACCAGCAAGAUGGAGUAAUAGUUGGAAUUGAAAGGGAAAGUGAAAGUGAAAGAGAAGGAGAGAGCGUAAACCAGGUUGUUGGGUUUGCUAAUGAGGGACGAUUGUCAUUCGAGGGAGCUGGAGGGUUCUCUUCUUCUUCGUCCAUUCCAUCGGAGGGGAAGGGAGAGGAGGAAUAUAUUAAUCUUUUGAUUAAUAGAACAAUUAAUGCCACUAUUGUUCUUGCUGCUGGUACUUUCGCUAUCACUAAAAUGCUCACCAUCGACUGUGAUUAUUGGCAUGGAUGGACUAUCUAUGAGAUACUAAGAUAUGCACCCCAGCACAACUGGUAUGCUUACGAGGAAGCUCUGAAACAAAAUCCUGUUUUCGCCAAAAUGGUAAUAAGCGGCGUUGUCUACUCCCUGGGGGAUUGGAUUGCACAGUGCUAUGAAGGAAAACCUCUUUUUGAGUUUGACAGAGCGCGAAUGUUCAGAUCAGGCCUUGUUGGGUUCUCUCUUCAUGGCUCCCUUUCUCACUAUUAUUACCAGUUCUGUGAAGUUCUUUUACCUUUUCAGGACUGGUGGGUGGUCCCUGCUAAAGUUGUUUUUGACCAAACUGCAUGGGCAGUAAUUUGGAACAGCAUCUACUAUGUUGUACUGGGCUUCUUACGAUUUGAAUCUCCAGUCAGUAUUUUCAGUGAACUGAAAACAACAUUUUGGCCCUUGCUCACUGCAGGAUGGAAGCUUUGGCCUUUUGCACACCUAAUUACCUAUGGUCUGAUACCUGUUGAACAAAGGCUUCUUUGGGUGGACUGUGUGGAGCUAAUCUGGGUGACCAUACUCUCAACUUACUCAAAUGAGAAAUCAGAAGCGAGAAUCUCGGAGGAAUCGUUGGAAGAAAAAGCUAUUUCGUCCUCAAUUGACAAUCCUCAGGAGUAAAUGAAGUUGGAAAAACUGGUUGAGCUAAAAAUUUGAGAGCUUGCUCCUGUCACAGUCUUGAAGUAAAAUACACAGCAGGUGGGAAAUGCAGCUAGAUGAGGGUUUGUGGUUGAUCACAGACAUUCCAUGGAAACUUGUAUAUUUAUCUUGUGUAAUAUUAUCUUACUUUUUCAUUUGCAUAUAGAAAUAUAGUUUUUCCUUGAUGUCAAUGAUCAAAUGUAUCUAACAGGUUCUAUUUAUUACACACAUUCGGAAGCAGUUUCUUUCAAGUA